GAAGUUGCAUUUUUGGUGGAAGUGAUCAUAAAAAGUCUAUACAACUUUGUGUGUCACGAAAGCACAGUAGUGUUGAGUGUUUUCCGAACAAUGAACCUGGUUGAUAACGUGAAGCAUUUUAUUGUUAGUGAGAAUAAAAAUGUGCAGGUAGCAUCGCACAUGUUCCUGGCACACACAUAUAAACAAGAGGAUCAGAAAGAGAAGACGAUUGAAUUUUUUGUAAAUACUCUUGUCCCCAAGAUUAAAAGCCAUUCAGAGAGGUUUUGUGGAUUCAAAUGUGAAGAAAUUCUGAAAGGUAAACUUCACCUGUUUGCAUUUCUCUUAUGCUUUGUGUUCGUGUAUGCCUUGAAAAUGGAUUAAUUCGUGCAAAUUGAUGGAGGUGUCUCCUUUAAUUCUCCUUAAGCUUUUAUCCGCUCUCAUGACGUGAAACAUAAAAUCUGUCAGAAUGCUUCUGUUUAUUCACUCUUUCUGUGUUUCCGAACACCUAAAAAUUCAAAAGGUGCAUCGUUUCUGAACAUGUUUGAAAUCAAUGAUACAGUUUACUGGUAAUGUACUUAGUUUGAAGUUUGUGCCAUUUUCCAAACACACUGACAGGAAGAGCUUAAUAGGCUUUGAUGUCAUGAGCUUCAAAGUUGUCGAUUAGGAUCCGUAUUGAGAAUUUGUGGACACUCAUACAUCGCUGCAUUACUCCUGCUCGCAUAGCAUCGUCAUUUACAAGGACCCGCAUAAAAUACGAGGUAUCACUGCAUUGAAAUCAUCGUUUUGUUCAAUGAACCAAGUACGAAAUCAUCCAGCAACACGAGUGGCAUUCGAUGUGUUGUCAUAUCCUAUUCCAGAAAUCUCAGCUGAAACCAGACACCAAUUGGCCAACUCACUUUACAUUACUUGUAUGCCGAACUCGCCAGCUGAUGACUACAAUGUUUCAUUUUUGUUCAGAUACAUUCACUCAAUGAUCAAUGAAUGUAAUUUACAUUCCCUGUGAUAUGGAAUUAUGCAGUAUUUUAGCUAAGACUUUCAGUUUGAGUGAAUACGGGUGCUUUAUGUGAACGAGAUUCUACUCCCAGUCAAAAUGAAUUACUUAAUCCUUCCAACUGGACAUGUUUCCUCAUCAAUGUUACUGUGUAGUGAGUUUAUACAGCAAAGUUACUCCCAACCUGCUUCGUGCUGUUUCAGAAAGAGUACUUGUUACUUUUACUGUCCUGCAGAAAGAUAUAAUCUGGAGGCCUCCCAGGACACUAUCAACAUUAGUUUUGUUGUGUUUGCGAGCAUUUUGUUACAGUGAAGG